AGGUGUGGCAAGAUCUGCGUGGGUAGCUCGUGUGCAGCAGCGCUGACUGUGCGAUUGCAGCCGCACUGCACCUUUAACUAAACACUGGAGUAUUUAUUGAGUGACGUGGGACGCAGACUGCGUGCUGAGUGUGGGCUGGAAGCGCAGAGAGCUCACGUCGUCAAGUUAGCGUGAGUUAGAAAGGACUAUACCGGAAAAUAAAUGGCCCUCGUUCAAAGACGGAAUGCUAUAGUUAUUCCAUAAAGUGAUCAUUAGCUAGAAGAAGGCGCAAGAAAACAACAAUCUUAGCGAGAUAAUUUGUGAAUGGUUGUUUGUCAACAGGUCACGAGACCGUAAGUGGGUUGAUUUCGCGGGACACGUUUUGGCUGUUGCACCUUUAUUUUGAAAGGUCCCGCCGGAAGUAGACGCCUUUAGUUACGUUGGACUUGACUCUAACAGACAGAAACGGGCGCACGGUGGCUACUUGUACGAAAACAGGGGAAGCUCGCUCAAGAACCGGCUUGGCUUCAACAUGCCUCUUUACAAAUGCUGAGUGUGGGUCCGAAACACGCGGAUUCAGCCCCGGAGCGGCGAUAGUUGACAGCCACGCCCCGAGCCCACCGAGCGGAGCCCGGACAAAACUGCUGGCGGAGACGCGACGGUGCGCGGUUUGAAACCCAGCAGGGCGGCUAGCGGGCUCACGGCGGAGUGUCGGCUGGUUUGGGAACCAUGAGAGAGUACAAAGUAGUGGUUCUCGGGUCCGGAGGGGUCGGUAAAUCCGCGUUAACCGUCCAGUUCGUGACGGGCUCCUUCAUAGAGAAAUACGACCCCACGAUAGAGGAUUUCUACAGGAAGGAGAUCGAGGUGGACUCCUCUCCCUCCGUCCUGGAGAUCCUGGACACGGCGGGGACCGAGCAGUUCGCCUCCAUGCGAGACCUGUACAUCAAGAACGGACAGGGCUUCAUCCUGGUCUACAGCCUGGUGAACCAGCAGAGCUUCCAGGACAUCAAGCCGAUGAGGGACCAGAUCAUCCGGGUGAAGCGGUACGAGAGGGUGCCGAUGAUUCUGGUCGGAAACAAAGUGGACCUCGAGGGCGAGCGGGAGGUGUCGUCCGCCGAAGGGAAGGCGCUGGCCGACGAGUGGAACUGCCCGUUCAUUGAAGCUUCCGCCAAAAAUAAAACGUCGGUGGACGAACUGUUCGCGGAGAUCGUCCGACAGAUGAACUAUGCCGCGACACCAAAUGGCGACGACCAGUGCUGCUCGUCAUGUGUCAUCCUUUAACAACGAGAACCACCAUAAAGUGUUAUUCUUUGCUCGGUUUUAAGUUUGCAAUGUCAGGAGAUUCCAGUGUUCUUGUGUGGCCUUCAUUCGGGGCUCAGCAACUUGGUUUCUGAUGAGCCAAGCCCAGAAUUAGCCUCGUUUUAUUGUGCUUUAUCUUUGGUCAGAGGUUGUUGUCGUCCGUUCAUAACUCUUCUUAUCUCUUGUUUGUGCCAGUGUGUUGCAGCAAGUCUGUACUGUUGAGCUCUUCUUCGUGUCUCACCCUGGCCUUGGAGGAAAAUACAGAGAAGAAUGCUGCAGGGGGACGAGAGGAGGAGGAGGAGGAGGAGGGGAGCAGCAACUGAGACUCAGAGGGAGGGGUCCACUCUUCAGGAAUUCUGCUGGGUUGGAGUAUCUUUGAUGCACGAUCAGUGUCCACCAUUGAUGUCAACACGUUGUGCCAUCCAGAGUUUCAGCAACACCCCCUCACCAGUUCCAACUGUACUCAACACUGGAACUAAACCCCAAUGGAAAAGAUAUGGAGGGCAACACUUAGACACUCAUAAAUGGAUAUUUCUGUAUAAGGAGACAGAGAGAGAAAGAGAGAGUAUAUUUUGUUAAAGAAACUGCACAUUCUAGGGCUGGUGAAGAUUUGAGUGAUGUCUCUGCCUAAUCCGUUUUGGCGCGAUGCUCCACAACACUCCAAAACCUUUUUAAAAAAACAUUUUCUUCUCCAAAAAAUCCAAAAAAGAUGACACCCCUUGUCUGCUGGUGGAGUAAACGUGAUGAGUGCCACUUUUUUUCGUCCAUCUUCUCUUGUGCCAGAGAGGACCGUAACUUUAAGAGACAUGGGGACGGUGACCCCAUCGCCCUCGCGUCGAGUGCCUUUCCAAAACAAGUCAUCUGUUCAGAUUUAGUGCCAACCUACAUGUAUCAACGAAAGAACCCUUCGAUAUGGCAAUCCACAAUUUAGUGAAAUGUUCUUCUGGAUAAUCAUGUAGGGGUGGAGGCUGAGAAUUAACUACAAUAGGCUUUUUGCUAAUGGUAUGGCGAUUUUCUGUAUGUUUUACGUUGGCCUUUUUAAAGUCUACGGUGUUCAUUUUGAAAUGUACUUAGUCUGGCCAAACCCAUCUCUUGAAAUGCGCAGGUACUGGAAUCUUCCUCGACGUGAAAACAACAACGCUUACCUUCCAGACCACUUAAAUCCAAUUCUGUUCAUGUUUAUUUUGUUGUUUUUAACAGGAAAUGUGAUGAUGUAUCGUUGACGAAUCUAACCUGAUUGUAACUUUAAGUUCAGACGAGCCCUUUAACAAUUGGAUGUCUGUUUUAAAAAAAAAAAAGACUUUUAAUACAAAUUGCAUUUUUUUUGUAAAGAACCCA